AUGCCUAGAAAGGCGGUUCUACUCAAAUCGCUGGCCCGUGGGCGGAUCAGACAGAGUUUCAACAAAUACAAUUUGUUCAACUUGUAUAAGAAAGGCGACGUUGACUUCAGAUCCAAGACUCUAUACCAGCAAAAAUGGACUGCUAAACAAGAGACAAGGGCCUACCAUGGCGAGCAUUUAACCGAAAGUCGUUGGCAAACAACUUUCACGCCUAAAAUGGACUCAGUGGCCCAAUUAGACGCGUCUUUGACGGGGCGUGAGACUCAGCAAACACCUAUUUUGCUGCAAACAUUCGGUGUCUUGGAAAAAAGGCUAGACAUAGCUAUAUUCCGUGCGAUGUUCGCCUCUUCUGUCAGACAGGCCCGACAGUUUAUUUUGCACAACAACGUAUUCGUCAAUGGCGUCAAAAUUUCUCAACCCAACUACACUCUUCGUCCCGGGGACGUUUUCCAUGUUAGACCAGAGAAGGUACUGCAAGGUUUAGGUGCCAAAAAGCCAUCCUUAUUAGAGUCUCUGAAAAUUGAUAAACGUCAAAUCGCUAUCUGGAACAGGUACGUGAAGGCUAUCAAGGAGAACCCAAGAGAAAAAUGGCUCGAAAUUGAGGAUAAGUAUCGCCGCAUGGAUGACUCCAACCCAAAGAAACAGGAAUGGCUGGAGUUUGUUCAAAACUACAAUAAAACGCUGGAUCUUCAAAUGGAAACGGAGGUUAAGUCCCAAACAAAAGAGGUCAUUUUGGCAAAGGUUAUGCUUGCAGGCUCUAGUGUGACUGAACCAACAUUACAAGAGUUUUUGCCACACUUUUACGAAGAUGCAGCACUAGGAACCAAGGCGCUAGCGUGUUAUCAGGACCUCCAAACUUCUAAGUCUGUGCCAGAAGGCUCCAGUUCUAUGUCUCUUGCUCAGUUGACUGAACAUGCGAGAACUCUAAUAAACCUGUCAGAGGAGAAAAAAAACACCAUGACAGAUGGAUCGAAAAAAGCUUUGAGAGCUGCCAAAAACAUAUGCUCUGAGCUUUUGACAUCGCAGGACAGCAUUAUUCGCAAACUUUACGAGGGUAAAAAAGGCAGCGAACAAACCCUUGCCAUCCCCUUUGACCCGAAAUGGGCUCAAAAAUUUCAGGGCCACAAGCCUAUCACUGUCAGCGAGUUGGCAGAGGACGAAGCUAAAGCAGCCAAGGCCAUAAAUUUGCCUUGGCAGAAAGGUGUCUAUGGUCGCCACGACCCUUCUAAGCCUUACUUCACACCUUGGAAACCACGACCAUUCCUCGCACCUUUUGCCAUUUUACCUCAUCAUAUCGAAGUUUCUUUCAAGACCUGCCACGCUGUCUACUUGAGAGACCCAGUGGCUCGCCCGGGCCAGUCAGAGGUAAUUUCGCCAUUCGGGCUUCCAGUUCAUGAGCGCGCAUACAUGUACUAUGUCAGAAACGGAAAAUGA